AAAGGAUUUUACGGCAUUACCUCGAGCGACAUGGCGUUGUUAACUGUUGCGGUGCUUUUCUGCGUCUACACUGUCACGGAGUGUGCCAGGGAAAAUGAAGAUAUCAGGAUCGCUGCACCAUCUUUAAUACGUCUGUGCCAUGACGUCAAACAUAAGCCAUUCUUCUGCCUGAUCUGCAACGGUUUCGACUUUUCCUGCUUCUCCCCUGCGGAAACUACCCAACGACCGACAGAGCCUUCUACACAACCCUCUACUACUGUCAUUGCCACUGCCGGGACUACUGCUGCUCCUGCCGAAGAACAAAUGGAAUAAGCAUUACAAUAACCUUCAGAUCAAUUCGAACGUGCUGACAUCAAAUCCAUAUUGGAAUUAAUACUUGGGCGGACAAGUCUGAACGAAAUGAAUGCGCGGAUGAGGUCUGAUGUCAGGGCACGUUCAAAUUGGCCUGCUUCUUUUUUAUGGCA